GCGGUGGGCGCCUGGGAAAAUAGUUAGUUUUGUGACUACGAAAAAGGAGGAUCAAUCUUUCGUCGUACCAUGAUUACUACGUCUCUCAAUGUGAGUAGAUACUUCAAUAUUUCAGAACGUAAUAGGUUAAAAAAUUAUGGAUGAUGUAAAAACUUUCGAGGUAAAAAAGUUCACUGGCGCAACUGAAAGCUCAAAGGUCUAGUUUAGCGAAUACAAAAGUUGUCCUAGAACUAACUAACCUACUCUAUCUCGUAUUUUUAUGCAACUUUCAUAACCUGAAAACAUUGAAAUUCACAACCACCAAAAUAAGAUGGACUGCGCAGAAGAAAAAGCAAAGUCUUUACGACGUCAAAUAGCUAAUACGGAGGCUGAGCUUGCCCAAUUAAAAUUUCAACUUUUGAGUCUCGAAGAAAACGAUGCCAACACAAAAAAACUUGAAGCUAAAAGCACAAACGUCUCUUCAGCAUCAGAAAAAGAUGGUCCCGUGACUCAUAUUGAGAAUAAAUGGCCUAUGAGUUUGGAGGAAUACAAGCGAUAUGGAAGACAGAUGAUUGUGCCUGAUAUUGGCAUUACGGGUUAGUUUUUAUCUUUUCAAAAUGUACUUUUAUACGUUUAUCUUAUGAAUACUUUUCUGAAUAUGAUUUAGGACAAUUACGACUUAAAUCCGCUUCUGUUCUCCUAGUUGGAGCCGGAGGUUUGGGAUGUCCGGCUGCUGCAUAUAUUGCCGGCGCAGGAGUUGGUACUGUUGGGAUUGUUGAUGGAGAUAUUGUAGAGGAAUCCAAUUUACAUCGUCAGAUAUUACAUAGCACGGAUCGAGUGGGUAUUAAUAAGGCUGUUAGUAUUGCUAAAUACAUAUCUGGGUAUGGAUACACCUUUGGACAUAUUUAUUAGUGUCCAUGUUGACAAUUUUCUAGACUCAAUCCAAACAUAAAGACGGAUAUUUAUCCUGUGCAUCUUACGCCUCAAAAUGCACAGGAUAUAGUCAAAAAUUAUGACAUAGUUCUCGACUGUACUGAUCAUCCGACAUCCCGCUAUCUCAUCUCAGAUAUCUGUGUUCUCCUCCAAAAGCCCCUCGUUUCCGCUUCCGCACUCCGGACAGAUGGACAACUAAUUGUCUUAAAUAAUCCUGCUUUACCUCCCGGUGAUCUUUCAGGUGGUCCAUGUUACCGCUGCGUUUUUCCCAAGCCGCCUCCACCAGAAGCCGUAACAAGCUGUGGUGAUGGAGGAAUCAUCGGGCCUGUGGUAGGCGUAAUGGGAGUUUUACAAGCUUUGGAAGCUAUCAAACUUAUUGCGUCUGGAAAACUGGAGGCUGUUGAAAAAAAUGUCAAUACGAGUCCUGCUCCCAAAAUCAAUCCUACCACCAUGUUAUUGUUCUCUACAAAUGGAUCUACACCAUUCAGAAAUGUUCGAUUGAAAGGUAGGAGAUCAAAUUGUUUCGCUUGUGGAGACGAGACCCAGUUAUCUCUGGAGCAAAUGAACUCCGGUUCUAUGGAUUAUGUCUUAUUCUGUGGUAUGACGCAUCCUGUCAAGUUACUUGGUGAUGAAGAGAGGAUUGAAGCGAAAGAAUACGAUGCAAUAAGGGAAAUGGAGAAAGAACACUUGUUGAUUGAUGUCCGGGAGAAGGUACAGUUUGAUAUCUGCAAUAUUGAGGGAUCAUACAAUAUACCUUUCUCGUCAUUUCAAGGGAGCAAAGGUAGUGGCGAUCACCCACUAUCAACGCUCACCGACAACCUGAAUCCGAAAACUCCUAUAUAUGUCGUUUGUAGACUUGGCAAUGACUCUCAAGUAGUGACGAAGAAGAUGAAGGAUUUAGGCUUGGAUCAAAAAGGCGAUAGAUAUAUUGGUGAUAUCAAGGGAGGGCUACGAUCUUGGAAAGAACAAGUAGAUAAUUCUUGGCCGGAAUACUAAUCUGGAAUAGUAAAACCAAGAUUAUGAAUUUUGGAAAAGAGAUUUUGGUAUUGGUAUUGUGUGCAAAAGUGCAUAAUGUGAUACACUACAACGAGUGGCUCGAUGAACGCCAAAAUCGUACAACUGCCUGCUAAAUUUAUGACCUUGCUUGCCAUGGAAAAAUGAUAUCAAUUACAACCUGCCAUUCCUUCACCAUUUUCCUAUCCGACCCUAGUUGUAUUGAGUUUUACACAUAUGUUUGUCGUUUCCUGUUGAAUGCUCUCUGAUCCUUCAACCAUUGCCUAUAUCCAGCCACACUCGAGAUUUUCUCACCGUAAUAAUCUAAUAAAGCAAUUAGUUCAUAUCCUAAAAACGUUCGCCUGUCCUUCACAUAAACCACGAUUCCAACUUACCGGGCACCGGAUUCGCCAUCGAACUCGCACUGGGAUCCACUCUAUACUUCUUAACCCUCGCAUAAAACUCCUUCUCCUUGACAUCCAUCUGCUGUCUAAACUUCCUAUUUUUAAGAUU